GGAUGUAAACUUAUUACAAUUUCUUUUAUAUUAUGAACACAAUGCUCCAUAAUUUAUGAAAUUGCAUGAUGCACAAAAUAAAUUCUAUAUGAUUAGACGUUAACUGAAUACUUAUAUGUAAAUUACAGAUAAGAUUAUAUCUAUUAAUAAAUCUAAGAUUCCUAAUACAUUCUUAGGUCAUGAAUAUUUAUGGAUACUUAAACCUACACAAUAUAAUCGUGGUAGAGGAAUUCAUGUUAUCAAAGAUUUAGAUUAAGUGACUCAUCUACUUGAUUAAUAUAUCUCUGGCAAAUAAUAAAUGAGAGAUGGACAAAUCAUUAAAUCUAAACAAUUUGUUAUCUAAAAAUAUUUAGAAAAACCAUUAUUAAUUAAUAAUCGUAAAUUCGAUAUUAGAGUUUGGGGAAUGUUAAAUUAGGAUCUAGAAUUCUUCUUUUUUGAAUAAGGCUAUAUCAGAAUGGCAUCUGAAGAAUAUACUACUAAAAAUGUAUUAAAUCAAUAUGUACAUUUAACUAAUAAUGCAAUCUAAAAAUAUAGUCCUAAUUAUGGUAAACUUGAAGAUGGAAAUCAACUAUCAUUUGAUUAAGCAGCUAUAUAUUUUAAGAAUAAAGGAGAUUUCUAUAAAUAGGUAUUUAAAUUAUAUCAUAAUUUCAGAUCGUCGAUAAUAUCAAGUAAAUUUCACUUUAAGCAUUUCUAUCAGUUAGAAAAAAAAUCAAUGUUCUUGGGAGAAGAUACUGUUUCGAAAUAUUUGGAUUAGAUUUUAUGAUUGAUGAAGAAUUUAAAGUUUGGCUCAUUGAAAUAAAUUCAAAUCCAUGUUUAGAAGAAUCUAGUCCAUUGCUUUAAAAACUUAUCCCUAGAAUGCUUGAUGAUGCUUUUUCAUUAACUCUAGAUCAACUAUUCCCAGUUACUAAAAAGUAAACUUCCUUUUCUGUCCCUAAUUAUUCAGAUAAUCAUAACAUGUGGCAAAAAUUAGGAAAAUUAUAAUGA